AUGAAGAUGCUCUUCAAAAUCCCCAAGGGCCCAGGUUUUCGGAGAAUCGAUCCUCAACACCGGGGCCUUCAGGAGAUGCUAGACCAUGUCCGAACAACCUGUAAAGUUUGGAUCAAGGUGCACGAGAACCAAGACCCGGACUAUAUUCUUGUCUUUGCUGAGGAAGAGACCCGACUCCAAGAUGCAUUUGCCAGCCUUCUCCGGCUUCUCCAGCUCCCUGAUCUAGACGCAGAGGAUAAAGAGCAGGGCAUGAUCGCCUACUUGAUCUACCCACCUCACGACAAGGAUGCAUUUGUCGUGACUGCCCAACCGUUCUCUCUGAACCAGCAUCGUUUCGCGGCAGCUCUGGUUGAGCGCGAGUCCCUGAGUGCUGCUGGCCGUGCCCAGCAAGUGUCUGAGUUCCUGGAUGAAUUCAAGAGCAUGGCUACCAUUCUCCGUCGCACUCCUGACAAUAUGCAAAUGCGUCUCAAUCUCGGCACGGUCACUCUCAAACAGCGACCCAGAAGGCCCGAAUUUCAUCUGGAGGAUUUGGAGAAGCUGAUGCGAAGCCUUCGCCAGCCCAAUCUUCACCUGGAGACGGAGAUUGUCUCGGAACUGAAAGGCUACAGCCACGCGCCGGGGAAGGUGUAUCGUAUUGGCGAGCGUAGCAAACGUGCUCGUAUCAACACCUUCUGUCCAGAGAAGAAGUUUGAUUGGUGUUUAAACAUCAUCACCGAGAGUGAUGCCAAAAUUGUGCCUCGCGCUCUCACCAACUUCGUUCAGAAUAUCAAAUUCAACGAGGUGAACCCCGAGGCUGGAUUCCUUGCUUUCCCAAAAGUCAUUUUCAUCAAAGAGACCGCAGUCCAGGCUCAAGUAACCGAAGUCACUGGCAACAGCAUUUGGCAAUUUUCGAUUCGUGAGACACCAUAUAUCAUGGAGGUCGCCAUUCACCAUCAGUGGGAUCCUCUCAACAUGAGGGCUGAACCUGUAAUGUCUUGUGGCUUGUUUAUCUUCGGCCAACGAUGGGACCAAGAGUUGACCUGGACCAACACGGUGGUCGGGGAGCGAGACUGGGGCAACGACUUUGGCCAACUUUUUCUUGACUACGAGGAUCAGACGGGCAUCGAAAGCCUCUUGGGCCUCGUUGACAAAAUCCAGGACCUUAUCGGAUCCAUUCCUAAGAGCGCUGAUUGA